AUGGGGUGUGACUCAUCCAAGGAGGGUGUGGCGUCCAACACCGCGUCUGCGAGCAGCAGGGGCAGCCGCAACUGUGCCGAGGAGGAGAAAGGCGGGCGACGCACUUGUAGCAAUGACAGUACAGAAGUCAAAGGCAAGUCGGGCGCCAGCGGUGCCCACAACGGCGGUGCCAUGGCGGAUCAGAGCCGCUGGCCGACGUGCCACUUUUGCCACCGCAAGGUCCCGGACAAGGACUACAACGCCCACACCGUCAUGUGCGACGAGCGUGAGGUGACGUGCUGGAACUCUUGGUGCCGCCAGAUUGUGCGGCAGGGUGACCUGCAGAAGCAUCUGGAGGAGUGCGGGCGGCGGCAGAAGGCGAUUUGCCCCAAGUGCGGUGCCGAGAUCCUGGCCAUUGAGAUGCUAGCACACCGGGAUAGCUGCCAGCCAAAGCCGUGUCCGCAGUGCGGAGAGCUAUGCAUCACGCGCAUCCACAAGUGGUGCCCCAAGACAAUCCUGGCCAAGGUGAAGUUCAUCAACGGUCCCUUCGCGACGGAGGCUCUGCAGCGCCGCUUCAUGCCGCCCGGAAAGGAGAAGGACCCGAGGGCGAAGCUCGAGUACAGCGUGGCGCGGAUGCAGCUUCUGUGGCGCUGGAUCAAGUGCAAAGGCAUGAUCGAGGAGACGAUCUUCCGCAGUGUGUACAAGGAGAUGGACCUCAAAAAAGAGGGUUUCGCCAUUUUCAAGGCUCACGACAAGGUCAACGAGCAACACGUCAUGGCGCCGAAGCGGUCGCGAUCAGUGAUUCAGGCCCCAGUGGUGGCCCCAGCGACGUCUUCGCACUACUUCCCGGUGAACACCAACAUCCCUAUCACCCUUCACCACGUUGAGCAGAUGAUCAAGGACAUCAAGAACCGCGUGCUUCUUCCGUACCCCGCCGCCUGGCGCGUCUUCACCGACGCGAUGAACCACCUCAACACCAUGCCGAACGUCGUGCGUGUGUCGCCGGCCGUCGGGGCCCGCGUCAGCAACGGCCGCGUAAUUCAGGGCUGCAAGGUAGUUGUCGUCGGUGACUUGCACGGCCAGAUUGCCGACCUUCUGCAUAUCCUCAAGGAGAGCGGGAUGCCGAGCGAGAGUAAUUAUUACGUCUUCAACGGCGACUACGUCGACCGCGGCGCGUGCGGUGUGGAGAUCAUUCUCAUCCUCUUCUCCCUGAUGCUGGCGUGCCCCAAGUACGUCACGCUCAACCGCGGCAACCACGAAUGCGACUACAUGAACGACGAGUACGGCUUCGAUGUCGAGGUGAGCACCAAGUACGACCGCAACGUGUUCCGGCUCAUCCAGCGCUGCUUCUGCGCCUUGCCGCUCGCCACGCUCAUCGGCGGCAAAAUCUUCGUCGUUCACGGCGGUCCGCCUCGGCGACGCGGGGUUAGCAUCAACGAUAUCUCGCGUAUCCAGCGCUUCCGGCAGAUUCCGAUCCCCAACUACUCGCAGCCCGAGGAGGACGAGAUCUUCCAGGACAUGCUGUGGUCCGACCCGGUAGAGGACAUAAAGAGCUGGCGCGAGAGUCAGCGUGGCGCGGGCGUCGAAUUCGGCUCCGACGUAACGAUGGAGUUCUUGGAGAACAACAAGCUGGAGCUCAUCGUGCGUUCGCACGAGGAUUGCCUGAGCGGGUACGAGGAGCACCAUAACCACAAGCUGCUGACGGUCUUCUCGGCUAGCAACUACGACGGACCGAACUCGAACUACGGCGCUAUCUGCACCUUCAUCGGCGACAACCCAGAGCCGUCUUACCACACGUACCAGAUGUUCGAGGACGAAUACGACGACUCGCAGGUGGUGAGUCUAACCGACUCUUUCACGCUGACGGCGCCGAACAUCGCCAGGAUCAGCUCCUUCACCGCUACCGUUGGAAGCGUCGGCUUUGGGGUGAGCAAGAGUAACUUUAUGAGCCGAGUCCUGCUGCACCGUCGCACGAAAGACAACAUUCUGCGUGAGCUGCGCGAGCGCAUCUACCAGCGCCGCCACCGCCUUCUAGCCUACUUCUCGAAGCUCGACCGCACGAACAAGGGGUCGCUGUGGAUGAUCGAGUGGGUGGAGUCGAUGCGCAACGUACUAAACCUCGACCUGCCAUGGUACUUCCUGCGUGGCUACCUCGUCGAGGUGGACGAUCACUCGCGCAUCUGGUACGCCCCGUUCCUGAACCGCUUCCACAACGUGCUGCAAGAUCUGUGGGGUGAGGAGUGGCGGCAGUCCGUGUGCGCGCGGGUGCUGCAGCAGCAGCGCAUGAAUCACCGCUCGCAGCUUGUUUCUGCUGCCUUCAACAAGGAGGUGGUGAACUACAACGAGUUCUGCUCUGUCAUGCGCGCCAUCGACUACACAACGAGCGACUGCCAACUCUUCCAGCUGUUCGAGUCGUUUGACGAGAAGGGCAACGGCCAUAUCAGCGGACCAGAGUUCUUGAAGAAGGUACAGCAGAUUGCCAACGGCAAGCCCGACCCGCUCCGCUGGGACAUCGAUGCCAUGGAGCAGCUGCAGAACAUCGUGAUCCAGGGCCGCAGCCAGCUUCCCUCACUGUUCCGUGUAACUUCGCGGGACAAGGCGCUGUCAAGAGAGCGCUUCAUGGCUGGCAUGGCGCAGCUGGGCCGUUGCAUGCGCAAGCAGCUAACACAGCCACAGAGGGAGGCUAUCUUUGAUUUCAUGAAGCAGCGCGUGCCGGAAGGGGAGGAGGUGACUUUCGACAUGUUCCUGCUGUGUGUGUACGUCUUCGAUCGUCGCACCGUCGCCGGGAUGAAGUCGUCCUACUCGCUCUCCGACCUGAACGAGUUAGGACUGGCCCCCAUUUCUUUUCGAAACACGAGUUUUUCUGGCCUCGGCACUAGCCGCUAA